AUGCCGCGCAUGAACAGCUUCAGUGACGACGGGCGCUCGUUGACACCCGAUUUGGACGAGAACAGGAUGUCGCUCGAGGAAGAGCACGACGCGCCACCGCCUCCGCCGACGGUGACAGCCGCCGCGCUUCAACGGCCAACGAUCGCACCCAUCCAUACAGCUGUCACCGAGCCCCACGCACCACAGUUCAAAUCCCCUCCCUCCGCCGGCAGUCUCAGAAACCGUCUACAUUUCCAUGGUCCGCAUUCACACACUGGGAUGCCGCCAAUCCCCGGUUCUCCGAUGGUCAGCUCGAGUAAGAAAUACGAGAGCCCAAAGGCGCAUUUCAGGGCUGCAGUACACAAAGUGAUGGCCAUGCACCGAACUUCGUACAUGUUGUCCUCUGGUCCGGCAGGCGUCGGCGCCGAACCUGGUAUCGACCCGCGGAGGAGCAGCGCCAACCAGCAAUAUGGCCAUAUCUGGCAGAAAUGCGUCAUUGAUAUCGUGGACUAUUCGCCGUUGAGGGCGAGCUUUGGGAGGAUGACGAAUGGCGAACUUGUGAGGCUGCUGGACAGCCCGGAGGCAAGCGCUAGGGAGCCCUGGGUUAAAGUCAGGUGGAUUAAUGUGGCGGGAAUUAGUUGGGACGUGAUCAGCGCGCUGGCGCUCAAGUAUGACAUGCACCCUCUGUCUCUUGAGGAUAUACUCCAUGCCGGUCGCCAUGCCCGGUCCAAAGCGGACUACUACCCUCAACACCUCUUCAUCCGCGUACUCUGCCACACUUUAGGCUCAGAGUCUUCCCGCGAUGAUGCGAACAUCCAAGACGCUUUCACACCUAUGGCCUCCGGAAGCGGCUGGUCUUCGAAUGCACCAACUAUGACCGGCAUGCCCCGCUCAUAUUCACCACUACCUCUCGAUGAUAAACUCGGUAUCGCGCUCGGCGACGACGAGUCCUUCAACAUUGACGACCCGGGACGCACAACGGACCUCGAGUCUGGACGCCCUCACCCACAGCGAACCUUGCUGGCUCGCAAACGCCGCUCGCAUGUCGCAGCCCUGACCCUCGAAGAACUCAAACGCGGAGAACGCGUGCCCGUUCGUAUUCGGCCCAUGUGCAUGUUCCUCUUCCGGGACGGCACGGUCAUCUCCUUCCACCCCGAGUCCAACUCAACAGAGUUCACGAGGCCGAUUAUGGAGCGCAUCAGGCAGAGAGAUACCAGUCUCAGGAGAACGGCAGACCCAAGCUUGCUGGUGCAGAGCCUGCUGGAUCUGAUUGUGGACGGGGCGCUGGAGGUGGUGGAGGAAUAUCAUGCGAAGAUCAAUAAGCUUGAGAGGGCGGUGUUGAUCAAGCCGCAAGUCAAGACUGUUCGUGACCUUCACAUUCUUUCCGAGGACCUCAUUCUGCACAAGCGUACCCUUGGACCGAUCAAGACGCUCGUUUACGGCUUGAGGCGAUACGAUGUCGACCGCUGCGCAGCACUGGUCGAAGGGGGUUCAACCGAGCCCGUCGUCGGUUACAUGUCCCAUAAGUCGAACAUUUACCUCGCCGACGUCCAUGACCACAUGGAGUACGCGCUCGCGUCGUUGGACAUGUACGCUGCCAUGGCGGAGAACCUGAUUGGGUACACAUUCAACAUGGCGAGCUACGAGAUGAACAACGUGAUGCGGACAUUGACGCUCGCAACGGUCAUCUUUUACCCGCUUACACUGUUGACGGGUUACUUCGGAAUGAACUUCGAGAGCAUGUGGAGCGUGCAGCAGAACAGCGACCUACUGUUCUGGAAGAUCGCUAUCCCCAUCAUGGCGGUCGUCGUACCCCUGUUCAUGUGGAAUGACAUUGUACGGGCAACACAUUACGUCCAGAAGCGCAUGAUCGAGCGCAACAUCGAGAAAAACCUCAAUAAGAAGCGUCGCUAG